AUGUCCAAGCAUGUAACCAAUAACCGCAUGUCGAUCGAUGGUACACGAAAUAUACAAAAAUUCGACGAAGUAGAUGCCGUUGGAAUGCUCGAACUCCUUGAUGACUUAUCCCACAUCAGGGAGUUUACUUUUUACGGCGUCGAUUUAGAGACUUCAGAACAGCAUCUCGAUGUGCUAAUGGCAGGAAUGAAGGGGGUUGAAACUUUUACAUUUGAAAAUUGUAUUCUGUCCGCGUCGACCUUUAAUUCCGUGUUCUCUGAUUUCUCGAGUUAUUUAUUUAUGACUAGGACAACAAGUUUGUCGCAAGAUGAACCUUGCUCAGAAAACCCGGUAUCACGUAUGCGGCCAGUCAUUGAAUUCGAGUUCUAUCAGUUGGGUUUCGGUGUUUGGUACAUCUACAUCUCGUUAUUAGGAGAGUCAGGGCCUGGCCAGGAUCUGGAGAGUUAUGCGUGGUCAUCAUGCAUUCAGUUACCCGUGUUACAAAAUUUGAGCGUCAAUUUUCAAGUUCGGAGUGACAUCGCCAGUGGUGCAGAACAUCUUAUUAGCAGUGCCAGAUUUGCGGAAACUAGAACUUGUAAUGUCUUUCAUCGCGUAUUUACCACCGAAGACCAUGUUACUUGA